AUGUCAGGAAAGCGUCAGAAUAAUUCGGGCCACCUGACCUGUCCUAGAGGUUUUACACUUCAGGAUAACUAUGUGUAUUGGGACAGUACCAUGGAAGGACUCCUGAUAGCCGGCUACUACAUUGGACUUGGCCCCGCCUCAUUACCAUUUGGAGUAAUUUCCGGGAAGAUUAAUGUUAAAUCAAUGAUGAUUGGUUUGACUGUGAUUAUGGUGGUGACGUCAGCGCUGACCCCUGUCUUGACCUUUGUGAGCCCCUAUGUUGUCCUAGUUACCCGGAUCAUAGUUGGUAUUUCAGCGGGUGGACUAGAACCUGGUGCUACACAGUUACUCUCCGACUGGGCUCCACUACCAGAAAGAGCACAGAUGAUGGUUUUAGUCGAAACAGGUUUAAAUCGAUGCUCGAUAUUUUUUCUUGUUACAGCAAAUAGCAUCGGUGCGAUUUUCAAUUUCCUUCUGUCAGGGUUGAUUUGCUCCAUACCAGUGUUAGGGGGAUGGCCGUUCAUCUAUUACAUAUUUGGUGGGGUUAACCUGCUGGCAUUGGUUCUGUUUGGUCUGUUUGUCUAUAACAAACCUAGUAAACAUCCCCGAAUAACACCAAUGGAGCUUGAUUUGAUUGAAAAACACAGAGACAAAAGAAGCGUCGACACGGUAUCACAUAUACCUUGGUUGAAAAUGCUGACAUCAUCUGCUUUCUGGGGUUGCGUUCUGGGCUUUAUCACGUCCGGUAUAAUCUUCAUGAUAAUGGCCAUCUGUCUUCCGCUGUAUAUAGAACAAGUGUUGAAAUUUGAUCCAACGGUGAAUGGGGCUGUCUCAGCUAUUGUGUUUGUCGGCCGAGUAGCGGGAGCUGUGGUGUUUGGAUAUCUGGCCGACAUAGUCUAUUCUAAAACUCGUCUUUCUAUACGUCAUCUGCGGAAAUUAUUUCAAGUGGCUGGUCUUCUUGGUUCCGUUCCCAUUAUUAUUUGGAUUGGCUUCCUGGAUGAGAGAGACCGGGUUUUGGCCGUGGUGCUGAUGACUCUUUACUGGUUCAUCGUGUCUGCAAUGAAUUCUGGCUUCCGUGCUAACCCGGCGGAUAUUGCUCCGCGGUUCGCCGGACUUAUCAACGGAAUCAGCAUUGCUCUGACAGCUAUCCUAUCCGCCAUCGCACCUCUAAUUGUCACCGCCAUUACACCGAAUGGUACUGCGGAGGAAUGGCAGCGCGUGUUUUACGGCGUUGUUGGGGUAUCCGUCCUAGGCUCUGUGGUGUUUGUUAUACUAGCCAGUGGUGAGGAGCAGGAAUGGGCAAAGGAUCCUAAAAUUGUCACAGACAUGGUUAUCAGAGUGUCUGACAAGGAGAUCACCAUCUCUAAAUCUCAUCAGAAUGGCCUAGAUUUAGAAUCUAAACCGUUAUUAAGCAACAACAAUAGACUACAUGCAUAACAAAGUAGACCAUUUUGUAACGAUAUACAAUGUUGGUCCUUAAUAAACAAGUUCUCUUCGGUUUUCAUCCUUAGAUGUUAACCGUUUUCGUAUCUGAAUACAGCGAAGUUAGAUGGAGGAUGAGUGUGGUGGAAAGGCUGUUGGACAGUCUAUUUUCAAAAGUAAUACUUACAAAGAUUUCUAUUUCUGCUCGUUUACGCAAAACAUCAAUAUCGUAUGUAUUUGUGCACUAUAAUAACCAUUUUGAAUAUGCCGAUACAUGGUUUUAUUAACCUGAAAAAAUCUCGACUGAGGACGAAGUAUAAUAAUACUUGAUUUUAUAAGAACAACACAUUCAUCGCUGUUUAUCAUCGAAGUCACGUUCUAUUUGUGUUUUUAAUAAGGCUGAGUCCUCUGUCACGUAAACUACUUGAUAAUAAACAUUAAAACAACAAAAAUAAAAUUCCAGGACAAGAUUGAUUUGUACAAGGCAAAUGAUUUGAUGCUUUGGCAAAUUGAAUUAAUAUUUUUAGGAAAUAAUAUAUUGUUAAAAAGGAUGUUUUUAAUUCCCUCUUAAUAUUUCAAGAACUGAAGCGAAUGAAUCUUUCUGACUCCAUGUUCUUUAAAUGUUUCCAAGCAACCAAUCAAUCCAUCUCCUAUGUGGACAGGAUUCUCCAUACUAGGCUGAUUUCCUCAACAACCGCUGUUCCAACAUUAUAGUUACAAAUUAAGGGGAUUGAUAUUCAGAAAAAGACGAAAAUUAAAACAAAUGAUUAACAGUUGAUGGUUUUGUGUCAAUAAACAAAAAAGAUAAGUUAAUUAUAAAUAAAUUAGAGAAGACUGUUUUGGACAAAAAAACUUCUAGAAAAAAAAGAAGAGAAAUUGCAAGCGUAUAAUGACCGUAGGCGCUAAUCAUUUCUUCGUCAUUGGCUGGCAUAGUGAAGUAUGAUUGUAGACAAAC